GGCGAGUCACGUGCUGGCCGCGCCGCGGGAGGCUGGGCCGUCCCGCCUGCUGGCGGGGCUGUGAGGCGGCGCCUGGGGCAUGCGGAAGCCUUUGUGCGCUAGCGGCGGGGAGGCGCAGGCUGCAGCGAGCCCCAGGAUGGCCCUGGGCGUGGGUGGCUCUGCGGAGGGGCGCCGGGGGCGGCUGGAAGCUUAAAGGCGCCUGCGGGCGGGGGAGGGGGGAGCGGCGGCUCCUCCCCGGGCCCGAGCAGAGCUGGAUGGGGGGGCCUUUGCCACCGGGGAGGGGGUGCUGUACAAGUGGACCAACUAUCUGAGCGGCUGGCAGCCUCGAUGGUUUCUUCUCUGUGGAGGUAUCUUGUCAUAUUACGACUCUCAGGAAGAUGCCUGGAAGGGUUGUAAAGGAAGCAUCCAAAUGGCCGUGUGCGAAAUUCAAGUUCACCCUACAGAUAAUACUCGGAUGGAUCUGAUUAUUCCAGGAGAACAGUACUUCUAUCUGAAAGCCAGAAAUGCAGCUGAGAGGCAAAAGUGGCUGGUUGCACUAGGAACUGCCAAGGCCUGCCUGACAGACAGUAGGACACAGAGAGAAAAAGAGUUCACUGAAAGCACUGAAGCCUUGAAAACCAAAAUGUCAGAGCUUAGAUUGUACUGUGACCUCCUUGUUCAGCAAGUGGAUAAAACUAAGGAAGCUAGCAUUUGUGAUAUAUCUGAAUCAGAGAAUGGAAUUGAUAUGGGAGCUCUGCUGAAAUCAACAUGUAACACUUUCCUGAAGACUCUUGAUGAAUGUAUGCAGAUUGCAAAUGUGGCCUUCUCCUCUGAGUUAUUACUUCGCACCCCCUCGGGAUCUCCACACUUGGCUGUUCUCAAAUCAAACAAGGUAAUCUCUCCUGUCUCCUCCAAUAGCACUACAACAGAAAGGCAAAUGGAAUUGCACAGUUGUGAAAAUGGCUCCAUAAAGACAGAAACUAAUCAUUGUGAGCAAACCUUGAUUAAUCCUCUGAUACCUUCAAACCUGAAAUCUAAUGACGGGGACUGUGACAUUGCAGCAGAAGACGAUGUAAAAAAGAAGUUGAUAGGUGAUGAAGUUAAAGAUGAUGGAGACGGCAAGAUGCUGCCCAUAGAGAGCAACAGUGCUAACGAAUCGCUGCAGUCGGCAAUGUAUUCUCUAAGUGGACCAGCUCCAUCACACUUGGGAGAAGAAGAGGAGGAUAUUCCUACCUUCUUCAGUGUCAUGAGCAAUAGGUUCAGUGAUAUUGAACUCCAGGAGAAUGAGGGCAUACCCACAGAGGAAUUUCUGCAAUCGUGUUACGCAAUAGUGCCAGUCUUGGACAAACUUGGACCAACAGUCUUUGCUCCUGUAAAAAUGGAUUUUGUAGGUAAUAUCAAGAAAAUAAAUCAGAAAUAUAUAACCAACACAGAAGAGUUCAACACCCUCCAGAAGAUAGUGCUCCAUGAAGUGAGUGCUGAGGUAGCCCACGUUAGAAACUCGGCAACCGAGGCCCUUUUGUGGCUAAAAAGAGGCUUAAAAUUUUUGAAGGGAUUUUUGGAAGAAGUUAAGAAUGGAGAAAAGAAUAUUCAAACAGCUCUGAACAAUGCUUAUGGCAAGACUUUACGGCAGCAUCACGGCUGGGUUGUGCGAGGGGUUUUUGCGUUAGCUUUAAGGGCAGCACCAACAUAUGAAGACUUUGUGGCAGCACUAUCUGUGCAGAAAUGUGAUGAUCAGGAAGAAGCAUUUUAUAAUGCCAUGCAGAGAGACCUCGACAUUUACUUGCCAGCCAUGGAAAAACAGCUGAAUAUCUUGGACACACUUUAUGAAUUACAUGGUUUGGAAUCGGAUGAGGUGGUAUAACCAUAAUGAGACAGUACCUCAAAACUUCAGGCACUGCGUUUAGCAAGCUUUUCUGAAUGCUGUUCCUCCUCACUGUAUCUUUUCUUAGUGUGCAAGGUGGAGGAGCCAGUGUGCAUGUGUGCUUUUAAUCCUGGUUUGUGUUUAAACGAAGAGGUGCUGUUUCUUUGACGGCUGUAACUGUCUGCAUGGUGAAUACAUUUGGUGAAAUAAUUGUUCUUUUUACAUGAAUGUAACAGAGCAAAAUUAAGCUUUCUUGCUCCAGUGCUCAAAACUGGGGGGGCAGCUUUGACAGGAGCACAGAGCACACUAUUGCUGUGCUGAUGUCACUGUGUUGCCCUCACCCUGUUCUGUGCCUGCUGGGAUGAUGAUCCUAGUCUCCAUUUUACUGAUGUUUUCUUCAUUGGAGUUAGCAGAGUGGCAGGGAUGGUGAGAGCUGUCCCCCAGUGGCAGCAGACAAGGGGACAGUAGAACUCUCUGCCUUAUUAAGAGUGGUUAGGUUAGUCGGUUGCCAUCUUUUGGAUGCAACCCAAAUUUACCUCUUGUUUUAUACUAGUGACUAGAUUGUAUUCCCAACCCUGUGUUUUUAAACAACAACAACAACAAAAUAUAAAAGACUGUUACUGCAAGCGUUUGCCUUGAGGUCAGGGUCCUUGAGCAUCCUCUAAGGGUCAACCCAUCACACUACACAUGCUUCCCCUGUGCUGACUUAGGUACUGUCCACCCCCUUUUCAUGGACCUGUAUUGUCCAUUCUACCAGGAAUCUCCUGGUCUCACCCUUGGAGGGAAGGAGCAUGAGGGAUGUGUGUGUGUGUGAGAGAGAGA